GAAUCACCACACCACCAUUCAAAACUUCAAUUUUUCAAGAGAAAAAACACAAAACACAACAAUGGCCAUUAGAAAAUCCAACAAGCUACCACAACCAGAUGUUAUUAUCAAGCAAAUUCUUAAAAGAUGUUCAAGUUUUGGAAAGAAAAAUGGUUACAAUGAAGAGAGUCUUCCUGAAGAUGUACCAAAAGGUCAUUUUGUUGUUUAUGUUGGAGAAAAUAGAACAAGAUAUAUUGUUCCAAUUUCAUGGUUGCCUCAUCCACAAUUUCAAAGAUUGCUUCAAAGAGCUGAGGAGGAAUUUGGCUUCAAUCAUGACAUGGGCCUUACCAUUCCUUGUGAUGAAGUUGCUUUCGAGUUUCUUACUUCAUUGAUCAGAUAAGAAGUAUGGUUUUAAAUUGCAGUCUGCAACCGCAAAUAUAAAGGAUUUCUAGGUCUUUGCAAUUUCGAUCGCAUUGGCUACAUUUUUCUCCAUUUUUCCACAAUAUAAAAGUUUGCAGUGUAACCGCAAUCGCGACUGCAUUUAAAACCAUGAUGAGAAGGAAGGGCUUGGCACAUUUGAUCAUAGUGAGGUUUAUCAAUAUGAAUCCCUUUGUCAAGUGGUGGAUUAUGGGUUUGACUAAGGAAAUAUUAACACUUCUACAUUUUUUUUUAAUUGUAAUACACACACAUGCCAAGAAAAUUUCCUUGGUUGUGCCAUUUGUAUUCUUAAUGAGUAAAGAUUUGUUCCAAUUUUACACGAUUGUUUUGUUUUC